UUUUUUAAACAAAACGUCCCACUCUCUCGGACCAAAAUGGCAUCAGCAUCUCCGCCAUCACCGCCUCUACAGGACAACGUCGACAGCCAGCUCCGAAGCCAUCGAGCAGAUCUAGCAACACCAGCGCGGGGCCCUCGCCGUCACCAACCGCUCCAUCGGAUGACCUCACUGCCAGCCACCACUAUGGCUACAAUGAUGACAUUUACGGGAUUCCUGCGCAGGCCAACCCGGACUUUGCGUCUCCCUUCGAGUCCACCGCGAAUGUGGAUGAUGAUGAAGAUGGUGGGGUUUUUGUUCCGGAUGGCCCCGUUCUGCCACCGCCUGACGAGAUGCGUGAGGAAGGGUCCAAACUGCGCGAGUAGAUGUGGAAAACAAACAGUCUUCCUCAAUGGCUUCACUUGCAAGAAUCCAGCCAACGUUAGUGCUUCGGAUUUCAAGACCUCAAAUCUGAACCACGUCGGCAAUACAGACAACUUUUAUCGUUCAUCAGUGACCAUUGUCACUGCUGCAGAUUUUCCGGGCCUGAAUACACUUGGCCUCUCAAUUGCUAGAACUGACCUAGAUGUGGAUGGUCUGGUGAUGGCCCAUUCCCACCCAAGAGCUUCUGAGAUGCUAUUUGUCAACAAAGGUGUUGUUAUUGUCGGAUUUAUCGAUACAGGAAGCAAAGUGUUCCAAAAACUUCUUAAAGAAGGUGAUGUAUUUGUGUUUCCCCGGGGGCUGCUCCACUAUUGCUUUAAUGUUGGAUACGAUCUCGCUACUAUGUUCUCAGUGUUUAAUAGCCAGAAUCCAGGGAUGGUAAGCGUCGCUGAUGCCAUGUUCGAGCAGCUUGAUUCAGAUUUAAAAGAUAAGUUAGUGAGGCGACUAAUCUCUCUUCCUGGACCCAAAGGUUAACCGCAUUGAAAAUGCGACUUUGGUUGAGUUUUCAACUCUCUCUCUCUCUCUCUAUAUAUUAUAUAUAUUCAAUUUCAAAAAUAUUAUCUUCGUAAGUUUCUGUACGUAUGUGCUUAGCAAUAAAAUGAACCGCUAAUAUAAGUACUUUUUGUUGGUACUGGCAUG